AUGGAAAAUUUACCACUUAUACCAGGCUACAGGUUUCAAGAUCCAAGUAUUAAAGAUUAUAGAUUAUUACAAAAAUUUAAUGUUUUAAAUGGCUAUCGUGUAGUAUGUGAUAGAAAUAUUGGUAUUGGAGGAAGACCAAUAGAUAUUGCAUCUAGUGCAUAUGUAAAAGAGGAGGAUUCUUUUCAGUAUGAUCCAUCAUUAACGUAUGGUCGCGUGAAAAAAUAUGCACAUCGUCAAUUUAUACCACAUUAUGCAUUAUUUGCGCAAAAAUGUCUCUGUUUUAAGGCAUUUUUUCGUCAAGGAGUGUUUAAUUCUCCAGACGAACAUUUUCGUAUACGCUAUGUUAAUAUAAUAUAUUAUUUGGAGGAUGAUACUCUAUGUAUAAUUGAACCUGCAAUUGACAAUGCUGGCUAUCAACAAGGAAAACUUGUUAAACGCAACAAGAUUGUAAAAAAUAUAAAUGGUGAUACAUUUCAUUGGAAAGAUCUUAAUGUUGGAAUUGAUAUAUGUAUUUAUGGUGUAGUUUAUCAUAUUAUUGAUUGUGACCUAUUUACUAGAGAGUUUUUAAGUAGCCAAGGUAUAGAUGUUGGAGAUAAAGAACAACCUCCUGUAGAUCCUUAUACAGAACUGAAAGUAAACAAACCAAAAAAGCCGACAUUUACUACACAAAUUUUAGAUGAUAUUAGACGGCGAUUUUUAGAAUAUGAUAAAAUGGUAUUAUUGUUUACUGCAACAUGGAAUGAUGAUAUUUAUCAAAUUAUGUAUUUCUUGAUGGAUGAUACGAUAUCCAUUCGUGAAAUACAAAAACCUAAUAGUGGGAAAGAUCCGGUAUCAAUGCUCUUAAAAAGAAUGAAAAUACCAAAAGAUUGGAAAAAUUUACCAUCGACUUAUCCUGCUAUAUAUAUGGAAUACGGUGACCCAGAGAUUGUUGAAUAUUAUGCACCAAAUGAUUUUUUAAUAGGUAGUACGAUUUUUAUAUUUAAUCGUCCAUUUUUUUUGCUUGAUUGUGAUUCUUUUACUCGAAAAUAUUAUUCAGAUAUGUUGAGAAUAACACAACCGGAAGGAAUUCCACUUCCAACAAAAGAUAUUAUGAUAUUACGGGAAUAUCAACCUCCACCGCAUAUAAAUUUUGGUACACCUGAAGAUACUUACGCUUCUUGUUUGUCGCUUAUACCUAAACCACCUAAAAAAGAUGUUAUUCGACAACUUCUUAAUUUUCCCAAGAAAUUACGUUAUUCCAUGCAAAUGAAUGCGGUACAUCCAGAAGAUGAAAAUCGUGAUUUUAUUUUAGAAUAUAAUUUAAAUGAUGGUACGAUUCUCAUACAAGAACUAGAAAAACGUAAUUCUGGCCGUCGCAAAGGUUGCUUUUUAAAAGCAACACUAGUCCCAAAACCAAAAACUGGAAGAGAUAAUCCAGAAUACUAUACUCCUCGAGACUUUUAUAUAGGGGCAAAAAUUAAUAUUUUUAAUCAUUACUUCAUUAUAACUGGCAGUGACCUUUUCGUAUACCGUUACAUUGAAACGAAUCCUGAUAAGUUUCCACAAGAAGUACGAGAUAAUAUUCGUAAUUAUUUACUUAAACAAAAUUUACUUUCUAAUGAUAUAAAAAUAGAAAGCAAAAUUGUUCAAAAUGAAGAAGAUGCAAAAUUACAGUCAAUCAAACCAAUUGAAGUGAAUGUUAAAGAAGAUAUUAAUAUGAUACAAUGUUUAAAUGAUUUUGAAGCUCAAGCGAAAUGUAAAUAUGAAGGAGAACAUGGUGAAAUAAGACCACGUACACCACCAGCAGAAGAGUUAUGCCCAAAUUUAACAAACCCCAAGCAAUUAUCCCAUCAAUAUCAAGACCCAAAGAUAUUUAAUAAAGAAAACGAAAAACAAAUGAAGUAG